AUGUUCAUCAACCGUUGACUCUUUUCAACUAAUCACAAAGACAUUGGCACCUUAUAUCUGCUAUUUGGCGCUUGAGCAGGCAUAGUAGGUACCGCCCUAAGUCUUCUAAUCCGAGCCGAACUAGGUCAGCCAGGAGCCCUUUUAGGCGACGAUCAAAUUUAUAAUGUAAUUGUUACUGCCCAUGCAUUCGUAAUAAUUUUCUUCAUAGUAAUGCCCAUUAUAAUUGGUGGCUUUGGCAAUUGACUAGUCCCUUUAAUAAUUGGUGCGCCCGAUAUAGCAUUCCCUCGUAUAAAUAACAUGAGCUUCUGACUAUUACCACCCUCAUUCCUACUCCUUUUAGCCUCAUCAAUAGUUGAAGCAGGAGCCGGAACUGGCUGGACCGUAUACCCCCCUCUAGCAGGUAACCUGGCCCACGCAGGAGCUUCAGUGGACUUAACCAUUUUCUCUCUCCACCUGGCAGGGGUUUCAUCCAUCCUAGGGGCUAUUAACUUCAUUACAACAAUUAUUAAUAUAAAACCUCCAGCCCUUUCCCAAUACCAAACACCACUAUUCGUAUGAUCCGUACUCAUUACCGCCGUUCUCCUACUCCUAUCACUCCCUGUCCUAGCAGCGGGGAUCACUAUAUUAUUAACUGACCGAAACCUAAACACAACCUUUUUUGAUCCCGCUGGAGGAGGAGACCCAAUCCUCUACCAACACCUAUUCUGAUUCUUCGGGCAUCCCGAAGUCUACAUUCUUAUUCUCCCAGGGUUCGGAAUAAUCUCACAUAUCGUUACAUACUACUCAGGUAAAAAAGAGCCAUUUGGAUACAUGGGAAUAGUCUGAGCUAUAAUAUCAAUCGGCUUCCUUGGUUUUAUUGUAUGAGCCCACCACAUAUUUACUGUAGGCAUAGACGUAGACACCCGUGCAUACUUCACUUCUGCCACUAUAAUUAUUGCCAUUCCCACAGGGGUAAAAGUCUUCAGCUGAUUAGCCACAUUGCAUGGGGGAAAUAUUAAAUGAUCUCCCGCUAUACUAUGAGCCCUCGGGUUCAUUUUCCUGUUUACAGUUGGAGGGCUGACUGGUAUUGUUUUGGCCAACUCAUCUCUAGAUAUUGUUCUCCACGACACAUAUUAUGUUGUAGCACACUUCCACUAUGUUCUAUCCAUAGGAGCGGUAUUCGCUAUCAUAGGGGGCUUCGUCCACUGAUUCCCCCUAUUCUCAGGCUACACACUAAACAUGACCUGAGCAAAAAUCCAUUUCUUAAUUAUAUUUGUAGGCGUUAACAUAACCUUCUUUCCUCAACACUUUCUUGGCUUAUCCGGAAUGCCACGACGCUAUUCUGACUACCCUGACGCCUAUACCACUUGAAAUACUGUGUCCUCCAUGGGCUCUUUUAUUUCACUAACAGCCGUCAUCCUAAUAGUCUUCAUAGUAUGAGAAGCCUUCGCAUCAAAACGAGAAGUCGCAUCAGUAGAACUGACAACAACAAAUCUAGAGUGAAUGCACGGGUGCCCACCACCUUACCAUACAUUCGAAGAACCAACCUAUGUAAUUCCAAAAUAA